AUGGAAGGAAGACAUAGGCGGGACCAUGGCAGUCACAGCCCCUUGCUGCUCUGGGGUCACCCGGCUUCUCGGAGUCAAGUCCCUCCGGGACUGUGGCCUCUGCCCUUCCUGGGGAACUUUUUGCAAAUAAACCCCAAGAGCUUUCUCAAGUCCUUCCAGGCGGUGAGAUGGGAUGGGGAAAGCAGGUGGAAUGCAAGAGUACUGGAUGCCCUCACCAUCUACCUGGGACCACGGCCAGUCAUCAACCUGUGUGGGUACAAGGCAGUGAGGGAGGCCCUGGUGGGUCAGGCUGAGGCUUUCCCUGGCUGAGGGCACAUCGCCAUCAUUGAUCCCAUCCUCAGGGGAAGAGGUAUGAUCUUCGCUAAUGGAAAGUCUUAAAAGGCCCUUCAACAAAUCUCUCAGGUCACCAUGAGGGACUUUGGGAUGGGGAAGCGGAGCAUUGAGAAACGAAACCAGGAUGAGGCUCAAUGUCUGGUGGAGGAACUGAGGAAAUCCCAGGGUGCCUAUCUGGAUCCCACUUUCCUCUUUCACUCCACCAUGGCCAACAUCAUCUGUACCAUCAUCUUUGGCCAGUACUUUCAGUACCAGGACCCCAGAAUCUUAAGGCUCUCUUUCUACAACCAGAUGUUUGAACUCCUUUCCGGCAUCCUGAAACACUUUCCUGGUACCCACACUCAAGUGUAUAACAAAAUUCAAGAAAUGGAAGAUUUUGUCCCUGAAAACAUCAAGAGGCUGGACCCCAGGGCCCCGCAAGACUUCAUUAAUUCCUUCCUGGUUCACAUGGACAAGGAGUUCCUGAAUCCUGAGAGUGAGUUCCACUGUAAGAAUCUCGUCUACACAGCGGUCUUACUGUUGUUUGCUGGCACAGAGAGCUCCAGCACCACUCUCUAGUUUGGGAUUCUACUCCUUCUUAAGAACCCCGAUAUUUUAGAAAGUCCGGUGGAGAUUGGCAGAGUGAUUGGCUCACACCGUCUUCUAGCCCUGGAAGAUUUGGCAAAAAUACCUUAUACAGAUGCUGUCAUCUGCAAAAUUCAGAGAUUCAGUGACAUCAUGCCCCUUGGCAUCCCCCGCUCUGUCAUCAAGGACACUCACUUCGGGAGAUACCAUCUGAGACAGGGCACAACCCUGUAUCCCAUCUUGAAUUCUGUCCUCCAUCAUCCAUUCCACUUUGAGAAGCCAGAAGCCUUCCACCCUGGCCACCUCCUGGAUGCGGAGGACAACUUCAAGAAGCAAGAAGCCUUUGUUCCAUUCUCCCUAGCUCCAAACACCGGGUGA